AUGCGGUAUAAUAUUGCGAUGGUAUCGGAUUUCUUUUAUCCGAACAUGGGGGGAGUAGAGAGUCAUUUAUAUCAAUUAUCACAAAGAUUAAUUCAACGCGGGCACAAAAUAAUAAUAAUAACUCAUUCAUAUGGGAAUCGUACUGGAAUUCGAUAUCUCACCAAUGGUUUAAAAGUAUAUUAUGUGCCUCAUAUGGUUAUAUAUUCAGAAGCAACAUUACCAACAAUUUAUGGAUUUUUUCCAAUAUUUCGAAAUAUUGUGAAGCGGGAGAAAAUUGAUAUUGUACAUGGACAUCAAGCAUUUUCCUCAUUAUGCCAUGAAGCAAUAUUACAUUCUCGCACAAUGGGAAUGAAAGCAUGUUUUACUGAUCAUAGUCUAUUUGGAUUUGCUGAUGCCAGUAGUAUAUUAACGAAUAAAUUACUGAAAUUUACUCUAAGUGACAUUGAUCACGUUAUCUGUGUUAGUCAUACAAGUAAAGAGAAUACAGUGCUUAGAGCAGCAUUGAAUCCUCAAAUGGUAUCAGUUAUUCCUAAUGCUGUUGUUGCUUCACAAUUUAAACCAGAUCCGGGUGCACAAGAUCCUAAUUUUAGUAAGUAUUUUAAUACUUAUAUUAAGGUUACAAUAGUAGUUGCAAGUAGAUUGGUAUAUAGAAAGGGCAUGGACUUAUUGGUAGCUGCUAUCCCGAGAAUAUGUCAGAUGCAUUCCAAAGUCAAAUUCAUUAUUGGUGGGGAUGGGCCAAAAAGAAUAGAUUUAGAGCAAAUGAGAGAAAAAUAUUUACUUCAUGAUCGUGUUGAAUUAGUUGGUACAUUAAUGCAACACGAAGUAAGAAACCUUUUAACAAAAGGACAUAUAUUUCUAAACACAAGUUUAACAGAAGCAUUUUGUAUUGGAAUUGUUGAAGCAGCUUGUUGUGGAUUGCUUGUAGUAAGCACAAAAGUUGGAGGAGUACCAGAAGUUCUUCCAAAACAUAUGAUAAUUUUUGCUAAACCUGAAGAAGAUGAUUUAGUAAAUGCGGUAGGAAGAGCUAUUGAAAUGAUUAGACUUAAAGAAGUUAUACCAAUUAAAUUUCAUGAUGAGAUUAAAGAAAUGUAUAGUUGGGUUAAUGUUGCUGAAAGAACUGAAAAGGUUUAUGACGCAAUUUGGAAAAUGAGGAUUCCCCCUUUAAUGGAGAGACUCAGAAGAUAUUAUGGAUGUGGAUUGUGGGCGGGUAAAAUAUUUUGUAUAUUAAUAGCGAUAGAUUAUCUUAUAUGGAGAUUUUUAGAAUGGUUAUUUCCUGAGGAAGAUAUAGAAAUUGCUCCUGCAUUUCCUUAUCAAAAAUAUAAUAAAAUGUGUCAAAUGGCAGAUAAAGAUGAUGAUGAUUAA